AUGAGGAAGGUUAUGGAUGAGAUGAGGGAGAACAUGAGAAGAACAAAUCCUGUAGAUGAUCUAGUUCACCGCACAGAUUUCCCUUUCACGGCUUCCAUCAAUGGUCACCCCUUGCCUUCAAAAUUCAAGAUGCCUUCCUUGGAUUCAUAUGAUGGAGCGCAUGACCCGUUUGAUCACAUUGCUACUUUUAAGACUACAAUGCACUUUCAGGGGGUCCCAGAUGAAAUUAUGUGGAGAGUAUUCCCUACCACCCUCAAAGGUCCGGCACGAGUGUGGUUCAGUACAAUACCCCCGAAUUCAGUAAGUUCUUUCGAAAAGUUGAGCAAGUUGUUCGUUAAUAACUUCAUUAGGGGACAAAGACACAAGCGUUCUUCAUCCAGCCUGUUGACCAUAGAACAGGGGGAGAAUGAAAGCCUGCGGUCCUUUAUCAUUCGUUUCAACAGGGAAGCCUUGACGGUGGAUGAGAUGGAUGAUAAGCUACUAUUGGCGAUCUUUCACAACGGGGUUAAUUCUGAUUUAUUCAUCCACAAGCUUUAUGAGAAGGAGCCCCAAUCCAUGGCUAAACUCGUCCGUUCAGCCCAGAACUUUAUGAAUGCAGAAGAAGUGAUCAUAGCUAAGAAGAGAGAGGGAGGGACGAUAAGAAAACUUACAUCUACAGAUGGUGAGCUCGUGUGCAAUGGCUUCAGCGGACGGUUUAGGACCUAA